AUCCGGAUCGAGGGCUCCGUGAAGAGGCUCCCGGAGGAGGAAUCCGAGCGCUACUUCCACUCCCGUCCCAGGAGCAGCCAGAUUGGGGCUGUGGUCAGCAGGCAGAGCUCUGUCAUUCCAGACCGGGAGUUCCUAAGGAAGAGGAAUGCGGAGCUGGAGGAGCAGUACAGGGACACAACAGUGCCCAAACCACCCUACUGGGGGGGAUAUAUCCUGGAGCCAGAGGUGAUGGAAUUCUGGCAGGGCCAAACCAACCGACUGCACGACCGGAUCGUGUUCCGGAGGCUGCGGGAAGGGUCGGCACCGCUCGGGGCCAUGACCCACCGUGGGGAGGGGGAUUGGGUCUACGAACGCUUCUCCCCCUGA